AUGUUUUUCUCCCAGUAGUACGAGGAUAACAAACCAGCCGAUCUGAGUUGCUGUUACUAGCUCUCUCAACCGAGGGCGAAUGAGCUAAAACCACGGGCAGCAUUUUUUUUGCUGAGAAGACUCCUGGCUUAUCAGUGACGAGGAAACAUCUUUUUUUUCUGUCGGCGCUGUUUGUUUAUCUUCGUGGAGUCGUCGGGCUGGAGUUUGUCUGAGGUCUCUGCUGUCCGUGGAUUAACAUAAGAGUCGACUCCGAAGCGCUGUCAUAUCAACUAAAGUGUCAAACUGUGGAUUGUGAUCCUUGCAUCACUUGUGACUAUUCAGCGGCUGAUUGUUUCCUCGGUUUUUGUUGUUAACAAAGUUGAACUACAGCUAAGUCUAUGCAAAACGAGCGGACACUUGUUGAAAUACAAUUUGGCGAGUAAACCUUUGCUCAACUGCGGGUCAGCUUUACUAGCGGUAGUGGAGAGAUUUAGCUAACAAGGCUAUCAACUUUCUCUAACCGCAGCUGUAAAUAUUUGGGUAGAAGGUUCCUUUAAAGGAUACUGACAGAGGGCAAAUGUCAAGCCGAUAAAGUGCAUUUGACGGAAUUGAGAUGGGACUGACAGCAGCUUAGCUAACUAGCUGUCGCCGUUGCUCUCCGUUCACUUCCAGCGUUAUGUUAGCAGUGACAGCUAACGCUAUGUUAACGAUAGAUUCAAACAAGUGGUUCGUUGGAACAGUGUCACUGUGAAGUUAUAUCUUGACUUUAACUUGUUAUCACCACGACAUUUGCCUCGAAAGUUAAAGCAAAUAUAUACUUUGCAAAGUCUCUAUUUGUCCGCAUUAUAUUCACAAGCGAACAACUUUUAUUAAAGGGAGCGUUGGACAUUAGCCUAGCUGCGUUAGCUGUCCGCUCGUCUUGUAAAAACAUUGAAACACUGCAGCCAGCCGAGCUGACUCUGAAAGUAACUUUGGUCAAGCAGUAACGUGGGGUCUGGUUUUAAAAUACUGAUGGGUUUGCUACAGCGCUUUCUGAGAGACUUUGAAAAAUAGACCCCACCAGCACAGUCUUUCACUCCCCCACUCCCCCCCCCCCCAAAACAAGUAGCUGAAGUUGUUGAACUGCGGCCCGCACAAUGUCCGGCUCCCCGGGCACAGGUGGCUCGAACCCCAGGAAGUUCAGCGAGAAGAUCGCGCUUCACAAUCAGAAGCAAGCAGAGGAGACGCGGGCCUUUGAACAGCUGAUGACGGACCUCACUGUCUCAAGGGUUCAGUUUCAGAAGAUUCAGCAGCUUCGUUUGUCUCAGUCAAGGGCGCAGUACUACGGAGGCUCUCUGCCCAACGUCAAUCAAAUCGGCAACACCAGCACUGAAUUUCAGGGUGGCUUCCCUCCAGGCUUGGACUCAGUGAGAGGGACACGCCACCAUGGCCUAGUUGAGAGGGUCCACAGGGACCGCAAUCGGAUCAACUCUCCCCAUCGCCGACCCCUUGACAAGCACGGCCGGCAGGUAGAGAGCUCUCCAUAUGGAACGGUGUACCUGUCACCACCUCCGGACAACAACUGGAGAAGGGAACAACAGCCAUGGACUGAGGAAAAGCGGCCGGGGUUUAGAUUAAUAUCACAACUCAACAGAACCAACUCAGACUCUGCUCUUCAUACAAGUGCUAUGAACCCAAACCCUCAGGACCCGUUUGGCAUGAACCAGCAGAUGGGCAGAGGACCUCCGCAGCGCAAUGCUAGUGUAAAUGAGGCAGAGGUGGACAGGUCUGGAGAUGUCUUUUCUUUCCCUACCAUCCCUAAUGAGGAGAAUCUAAUAGGUGUCAGUAAGCCCCUACCCAAGCAGCUGUGGGAGGCCAAGAAGGUCCAGACUCUGGCAUCUAGGCCUAAAUCAUGUGAAGUGCCUGGAAUCAAUAUAUUCCCAUCUCCAGAGCAGAACCCCAGUCUGUCUCACUACCAGGGCCCGUUAAGUACCGGUGGCUCAUUGCCUGACCUCAGCAACCUGCAGUUUCCCUCUCCGCUCUCCACCCCGCUGGAUCCUGAUGACAACAGCGGGUACCCCAACAUCAGUGGGGGAAGCAGCACCGGAAACCUGCCAGCUGCCAUGAUGCACCUAGGCAUCAGUAACUCACCAGGUCUCUCCUCCUCUUUGAGUAAUCCCUCAAUCCAGGCUUCCCUCAACAACUGCCAGCUGCAGUCUUCACUCAGCAAUCCCUCCAUCAACUCAUCCCUGCGUCUGUCCAGCAACUCCCCGCGGCGAAGGCCAGCUCCUAUCAGCCCCCUCACCCUGUCUCCUGGAGCUGAGCAGCGCAGGAGUCUGGCCAAGCAGCUGUCUCCCACCAUGUCCCCCUCACUGUCCCCCAUCACACAGGGAGUCGCUUUGGAUACCAGCAAUAUGCCAAGGGAGCCACCCCCGCCCUAUCCACUUUACCAACAAUCCCAGCAUGCAGUGGACCAGGGCCGACAACGCCAACAGCAGCAGCCACCACAACAACAGCAACAGCAGCCUGUUUCUCCGCUUCAGAGCAUUCCACUAGACUUCAACACGAGCCAACCCAACAAUUUGGCAGCUCUCUUCAACGACCCCUUCAUGGAGCCACAGUUCUCUAAUCGCCAGAACAAGACUAUCCCCUAUCAGUUGGAUCAGUUCAGUCUGUUGGAAAAUACAAUGAGCUCCUCAGCAGGGGGGUCUUGCUUCGAUCCAUCGUCCUCCUCCCUCUAUUACUCCCAGGCUGCUCAGUCAGGGAUGGGUGGCAGCCACGGCACCCUGCAGGACCACAUGCACAUGAGGUCCAAUAUGUUGUACUCCAACUGCAGCGGAGGACUGCCCAAUAUCAUACUGACUGAUGACUCCAACCCGAGUCUGUCCAAGGACAUCAGCAGUGCGCUCUCCACGGUGCCCGAAUGUUUUGACUCAGAGGUAGGCUUCCCGUUGGAGGACGAGCUGCGCAUCGAGCCCCUCAGCCUGGAUGGACUGAGCAUGCUCAGUGAUCCCGACAUGGUGUUGCCAGACCCAUCUGUGGAGGAUACUUUCCGCAGUGACAGACUUUGAAUGUGAAAAGCACCACACGUGUAAAGAAACACACACAUAGACACACACACAGAUUUGCAGUGUAUAGUGUACAAAUCUGAAUAUGCAUGCAAACAGUCUGUAUAUGGCCACUGUGCAUGCAUCCACUGCCACUAAGAUUGAUGAAAUGUGAAAGACACAAACAUGGUCAUCCCCACUUUUAAAGAAGGAGACUUGUGAACAAACACUGUUUACGCCUGCUCUGAGCAAAGUUCCCCUCGUGCACGCUUGAGCUCAUCUUCCUCACGUUGUUUGAAAUGAUGCAGUUUUUGGGAUCUGAAGCAGUUCCAGCUCUGAGAUCCCCGCACCCCAGCCCCUCCAGACCGCUUCUCCCCUCUCAAACCAAAAGGAAGCCCGAGAGGAGCUCGAGUUCUCCCGCUUCUUUCACUCAUCACCAGCUCACAACACCCUCCACCCACCCCACCCCAAGCCAUGGCAACAUCAUCGCCAUGGUUACACACCAUAGCAACCCCACUGCUGCGCUGAAAGGCAACAGAAAUGCCAGCACACGAUUUACGUUUCCUAAAAUGUAUGAGCGAAGCCCAGAGCUGUGAUGAAGUCAGUUCUCACAGCUGGAGCAGCAACAUCUGCAUGAUUUUUAUUCUGCAGGUAAAGUCAAAUCCAGCUGUGCAGUGGCUACUUGAACAAUCAUGGAAGAAAGGAAGCUUGCAGGGAUUUGAGCUUUGCCAGUGUAUUUUGUAUAUGGUGAUAGAUGAUUUUUGAGAUGUUUGCCACAGACAUACAUGCUCACAUAUAUAAGCCUCAGUUUCAGUGUGACUAGAAUGUAUUUACCAACCUGAGACAAAAAGGGCAAACUGUUUACAAAGAGGACAUUUUAAUAUUACUACUAAAGACUUUAGAUUUGUGAAUUUUCUAAUUGAGAAAUCCAGUUCUGAGACGUUUUGUUUGUUUAAUUGCAAUUUGGAUGGAUCUCCACUUUUGUCAGUCACACGCGAGUCGGCUGUGAUUUUCUUUUUUUUUUUUUUUUUUUUUGUCUGGCACAGUUCAGACAGCACUGGGACAAAGGAACAUCAGAGUCUGUUUAAAAGGAACUUCACACAUUUUUGGAAAAUAAUGUACAUUCAUUGCAUAUGAUUUUAUUUUACAUUUUGUACUGACCUUGUAUCGGCGCUUUGAAUCUUGUUUUAAAAAAAAAAAAAAAAAAAAAAGGGCAUGCGCUGUGCAACUGUGGAUCGAUUAUGUCCUGGAUGUCUUUGCAUUCUCUUCUAUAGCAGUACAUGAACUCCCCUCCCUCCACCAGUGCUCUGUGGCUGAAGCUGCUGAGUGGGUCAAGCAGAGGCCAUGUAAUCACGUGGGCAUCGGACAUCAUGUAACAUUGCACUUAACGUCUUUUGCACUAAUUGGUUUUUAUUGUGUAAGAAGCCAAAACCCAAAGAAGCAGAAUGAAGCCAUUACUAAGAAACCUUCUGUGACUAAAUCUGUAUUUUCACUACACAUGCACUUGUUUCAGAAGGGCAGCAGGGGUUUGAUUUUGAUGUGAGAUGGAUUUUUUUGUUGUUGUUGUUUCCUGGGCUUUGAUCAGGUGGUCCAAUGAAAAUGUUUUUGUAAAGAGCUCAGAUUUACAGAUGAUUAUGUAAUGAAUAAGUCAUUUAGUGCCCUCUAGUGUUUGUUUUAGUAAAGUUAAAAAGCUAUUAUUUGCAGCCUGCUGUUUUACCUAUGCAACUUUUCAAAGAGUAACUGAAACCUGUUGAACAGGUGCAACUUGUACUUUAUGCAGUAUGACAAGGCUCACUGAUUAGCUCAGUGGGCGGGCUCAAGUUUUGCUAGAAGUUGCGAUAUUACAUAAGUCCGGUGUCCACAGUGUGUAUUGACUCUCAUGAGCAUUUGCAGUGACUGAUGUAAAGGAACUUGGAGGCGUCGUACCUGCACUGCGUGGACUGGUGGCUUCUUUCCGUGUAUCAAAGAGAUUCAGUGUCAUUAUUUGUCAAAAUGAAAAUGAAGAGGGGUGCUGGGGUUACAAUGAGGUUGUUUUCUAAAGAGUUUAUAUUCAGUUACCUGCUCUCUUGUUAACUGUGUAAAGACAGUGGGUGAGUGAUGGAACCACGUAGCAGUUUAUUUCCUUUUCAUUUGUCUGAUCCUUCCCGUGUACCAGCCUGUUUCCUGCUGGCUUAAUGCCUUCUGCUGCCUUACUUCCUUACUUUGUUGUAUUUCAUAUUCCAGCAGUAGCGUCCAUCAGCUAAUCAUCCCUUUAGCUUUAGCUCUGUUUGGUACUAACUGCCUGUGGUUCUUUUCCAUCACUUAGUCUAUUUAAUUUGUGUUUUUCGUUUUGGUGUCUUACUUUUUUUUUUUUUAGUUGCGUAUGGAAAUGUACAGUUCUGUUAUUUAAAGAAUGUUUUUGUCCACUAGUGUUACUACUUUUUUUGUAAUGUCAUUUGAGUUUUUGUUUUUCCCUAAGAUAUAAAAAUUUUAUUGGUUUGUAUCAUAUGUUAUA